AUGAUCACCGACAAGGUCUAUAAGUGGUGCAAACAGUCAGCAACGGUAACCUCAGAGUUAGGAGAAGAUCCGUCUCAAUGCCCAACAAAGGUUUUCAAGAAGCUGUAUGAGAGCCAUGAUCACGAUUUGCACUCAAACGAAUCUGGCGACUCGCUAGGGAUCUCAGCGGAUGGGACUUCUUCCUUCGAGCAAAUUGACCACCUACAGAGAGCCCUUGCUUGCGGAAACUGGGGACCAUCAGAGCCAAGUGAAUUAUUCCUGACGAUUUACGGCGACGCAAUCAGCUCCUUGGAGAAAAGCCCAACGUCAGGUGUAGUUUCACCUCCCCUGAUGGGAAGUACAGGGGUGGUUCCUUUGACUAUUGUGGCGCCUUUGCCGGACCUCUGUCGGCAUCUAGCCAACUGCAUAGCUCGAGCCAAAUACGAGGUUUUUCUAGCGACAAACUUUUGGAUUCACUCGGACGCUUCGACGCUGGUGACUAAUGCCAUCAAGGAAUUGUCAAAGAGAGCUGGGCAACGUGGGGAAAGAAUUGUCAUGAAGAUGGUGUAUGAUCGGGGGGACCCGCGCCAGGCAUGGGAAAAUCGAUUGAGUGUCCCCGAAGAUCAGUAUUCUGGGGGGAAAGUCAGAUUACCUUCAGCUGAAGAUAUUCCAAACGUCGAUCUUCAAGUCAUCAAUUUCCACCGACCGGUCUUUGGUACAUUCCAUUCAAAGUUUACUGUUAUUGACCGACGCAUCGCUCUUUUACAAAGUAGCAACAUUCAAGAUAAUGACAAUCUUGAGAUGCUUACUCAUAUCGAAGGACCCAUAGUGGAUUCAUUCUAUGACGCGGCGCUGCUGUCGUGGGGAAACCCCCUUGACCCCCCAUUCCCCCUUUUGAAAUCCGCUGCUAGAAAUGCGCCGAUCCCUUGUCAGGAACCUGAGGGUGCCGGACUAUCCUUGAACAAAGAGACCGAUAUCCUUGCAGAGCAUACAACGACCUCUCCAUGCUAUGACAUCAACCUCGAGCAAGAAGCUCAAAGAAUUAACGGCAGGAUCUAUUCCUCGGGAGAGGGAUCACGGACAGGAGGUGUUACUCGUCAUCUGAACACCACAAUACAGCCUGAUACAAUUGGUGAUUCACCAGAAAUUGACCAAGACAUCGAAAUGACCCCAUACAUGACGCUGCCUGAGCAUGAGCCGGUAGCUAUGGCUUUAGUCAACAGAGAGCCUUACGGAGAGCCGCUUCUCCAGCCCCUUCUAAAUGCUAUUCGUCGCGGUGUUGUUGUCUCCUGCUAUUUGUGUUUGGGCUACAACGAUGCAGGAGAAUUAUUACCUUUUCAGAAUGGGACGAACGAAAUGUUCGCAAACAGGUUAUACAAUUCUCUCAAUUCUGAUGAGGAGAAAAUGCGUCUUCGGGUGUUCUAUUACGUUGGCAAAGAUCAAACAAAGCCAAUCCACAAUCAGUUUAAAAAGCGAAGCUGUCAUAUCAAAUUGAUGAUUGUUGAUGAGCAGAUUGCGAUCCAAGGUCUGUCAGAAGCAUAA